CGGGGGGGGGGGACUGAAAUAGUGGACCCGCAAAGCUUGAAUUUCAGCUUUGAUGGGUGUUAUCUAUUAGCCAAUAGGAUCACCGGGGCGGAUUGGAUUGGUGCGUAAAACUACUAUAAAACCCCACCUGGAUUCGUCGUCUCCAUCAAGUUUUGUUGUUGCUGUCACAAAGCAGUCGCGUUCGAUUGCUCAUCAUUUUCUCAUGCUUUCCAACACGGCUGCAAGCAUGUUCGGUGGGGCGGGCGGAAGGGGAUCGAGGGCGUCGUUGGCCAGCUUUGAGGGGCUGCGCAAUGUGCUGCGUAACCACUCGGACCGGGACUCGGCUCCGCCUCGUGCAGGCGCCCCUGCCACGACCUCCGUCGUCCCCGCGGAUGACGGAGAGACGCUGCGAGGUUUGAAUGGCCGGCUGUCCGGCUACCUGGACAAAGUGAAGCAGCUGGAGGAGGAGAACCAGCGGCUGAAGGAAGAGAUCGAUGAGAUUUUGGUGAAAAGGAAAACGGCAGAGGGCCGGGACUGGCAAGAGCUUGAAAAGCCUCUGAAUCACCUCAAGAAUAAGAUAAAGGACAUCACCAUGGACAAUGCCAAGAUGCUGCUCCAGAUUGACAACGCCAAACUGGCCAAUGCUGAUUUUAUAAACAAGUUCAAUGAUGAGACGAAGGCUCGGAAGGCGAUUGAAAACGACCUGGAUGAGCUGAAGAAGAACAUUGAGGACACCAAGCGGAGCAACAAGCAGAUGCAGAAGGAGAUUGAUGUAGUAAAGGACGAACUGACCCUCUUCGAGCAGGACCACAAAAACGCGGUAGACGACCUGCGUGAGAAGAUCAAGAACUCUGAGGUGAAUGUGGAGAUUGAAACUCCAAACUCUAGCUUGCCCGAGAUUGUCAACAAUAUCCGCAAGCAGUACAACAAACUUGCCACAAAGAACUUAAAGGAGACCGAAGACUGGCACCAGAGCAAGUUUGAAAACAUCAAUGUUGAAGAGGCCCGCAACGCUGAAGGGUUGCAGUCGGGCAAGACGGAGCUCAAAGAUUUGCUCAAGCAGAAGCAACAUCUGGAGAUCAAGGUUCAGGGUGCGCACAGCACGAUCUACAAUUUGGAGGAAAGCUUGAAGUUCACCAAUGUGGAGAACGGGUAUCGACUGGGCCUGCUCAACCAGACAAUCUUGGACUUGGAACAGCAGCUGAGGAAGGUGAGGGCCCAUGUGGAGAGCCAGUUGGAGAUGAACAAGGACCUACUGUGUGUCAAGAUGAGACUGGAGGCCGAGAUCAAUAACUACCAGCAGCUGAUGUCCGGCAAUGUUGACAGCUUGGACUUUUCUUUUGAGGAUGCUCUGCCCCACAAAAAGCAAGAUGACGGCAACGUCUCUGAGGAGCAAGAAACGGCAAGAGAAGUUUUGAAGCAAGAAAAUGAGCCAGCUCCCAUGGAGAGUCUUGAAGUCAAGGCAGAAGGUUCAACCAAGCCAGCCGACGGCCUUGUUGUCAAGAAAAAUCUCAAAAUUAAGAAGAACUAUUCCUGCUCCUCAUCUGAGUCUGAAGAUGAAAAGGCCAAAAAUCAGGGUGAAAAAGAAAAAGCUUGAACCAAUGGUUUGUUGCGGUCAUAUCCAUAAACCUGCAAAUUCACAUUUUUGUCACAGAAUGAUGAAUUAUAUUGUUUUUUUUAAUAUCACUUUUACAUUUUCAAAAUAAAGAAUUCAAUGUCAAAUUUCCUUUUCUUCUGUGUGACAUUUGUUGGGCUUGAGGCUCAUCAAUCUCUAAUCCAGUGUUUCCAAAUCUUUAUUGAGCCAAGGCACAUAUUUUAAAUCCACCAAACAAAAACGACACAAAAAUUAUACUGUACAUAUGACUAAAAUAAUGAUCUCGUCUCAAUUUCCUCACAAAUUUACUUUGGGCCUGUUUAGUUGAAUACAACGUUAGUAUUCAAUAGCAACCGGUGAAUUCACAAGUCAACCUUAAUUGUAGCAUAUAAUUGUUCUGCCUGACAAAAUACCCUCCCCCCC